UUCUGGGUUCGCCCCAUGAGACGCGGCAUCAUCACAAGGGGCGCCCACUCCGGGCAGCCUGGCCUGGUGGGCACUCGGGCCCGCGCCCCGGGGGCUGCCAGCCAGCACCUGUCCUUGGCCCGCGGGGCCGUUCCCGACCUUCCAAGAUGGUAGACUACUACGAGGUGCUGGGCGUGCCCCGCCAGGCCUCGUCAGAAGCCAUCAAGAAGGCGUACCGCAAACUGGCGCUCAAGUGGCACCCGGACAAAAACCCCGAGAACAAGGAGGAGGCGGAGAGGCGAUUCAAACAAGUGGCCCAGGCCUACGAAGUGUUGUCCGACGCCAAGAAAAGAGAUGUCUACGACCGCUACGGCGAGGCGGGAAUAGAGGGCGGCGGCUGUGGCCGCGCCGGCGGCGGUAGGCCAUUCGAGGACCCCUUUGAGUGCGUCUUCACCUUCCGGGACCCGGCCGACGUCUUCAGAGAGUUCUUUGGCGGCCGGGACCCGUUUUCGUUCGACUUCUUCGGAGACCCGCUGGAGAACUUUUUGGGGGGUCGGAGGAGAUCCCGGGGAAGCCGAAGCAGGGGGUCCACGUCACUCUUCUCCGCCUUCAGUGAAUUUCCAGCAUUUGGAGGUGGUUUUUCUCCUUUUGAUACGGGGUUUACCUCAUUUGAUUCCAUUGGGAAUGGGGGCCUCUCUUCCGUCUCCAUGUCCUGUGGUAGUAGGGGGACGGGCAACUUUAAAUCCAUGUCGACUUCCACCGAAAUCCUGAAUGGCAAAAUGAUCACCACCAAGAGAAUCGUGGAGAAUGGCCAAGAAAGAAUCGAAGUGGAAGAAGACGGGGAGCUGAAGUACCUGAUCAUAAAUGGCAAAGAGCAGUUGUUAAGCAGUGACCCCAAGUGAUCCUGGUCCACGUUGAACUUAAGAACACAGCUUGAGCAGUAGCAGGGUGUUCUCUUUUUUUUUUUUUUGAAGACUGCAGGCGAGCUCUACUUGCAAAACAACUGUACUCAAGAAUUUAUGAACAGUUUGUGCCAACGCCUAUUUGUUGCUACUGUUGGGCCACAGAAUAGGACCUUUGUUUUUCUUUAAAACUGUUGUAAAUAUCUGUAUGCACUUUGCUAUUUAUUAAACAUAACCCCAGGGCAGA